AGCGCCAUAGAACAGAUGGGCAUGGAAGUGCAACAGCUGGAGGAGAGCUUCGUGGGCCGAGUAUUCAGCGGCAUCAAGCAGUUUGCCCAUCUGCGACACCUGCACUUGGAUUGGCCGCAGUGGCUGCGAUUUAUGCGAAAAGAGGUGGCCUCAGCGUGGCAGAAACACGCGCAGGAACUACGACCGUAUUUACCCUCUAAGAUCGAUUUUGUGGAGGCCUGCAAGGCUAUAUAUAUCCUGAUCGAUGUCUAUGGGUUGUCCGUCGGUGACUUUUCCCAUGGUCUGAUCAAUGGAAAGCAAUACAAAUCGAAAAGAUUCGGUGCAAUGGACUGUUUUGCUCUAGCCCGACAUGGCUUUGAGCGGAGAUACUUUGACCUGGCCGAAGCUUGGUUUGAGGCCAUCGCGCUGACCUCCGACAAUGAUGAGAUCACACGGGUGUUGGGCUACAGUUGUGAUCUUGUUCUGCAGCUCUACGCCAGAAACCUUUUGAACAUGAACAAGAAGAAGCUCGCUUUAACAGUGCUGCAACGGGCUUCGACCCUUGGAAUCGAUGACCAGAGCAUCCUUCGCCAAUUGGAGCUCUUGGAGAGAGGCGAUCUGAAGCCGACACAAGGAACAAGGCAGUUAAAGAUGAUCAAUUUCGAGCACUAUGUCAGGGGAUGGCUGGCCCCCUUCAAAGUGGAGCCCCUCAGCCAGGACCCGUACAUUGCCAUGUAUCACGAUGUGAUCUAUGACAGCGAGAUUGAGGAACUCAAGCGCAAUGCUUUCCCAGAUAUGGAGCGCAGCAAAGUCUACACUUACUCGGACGAGGACAGUAAGACCACUGGUCGCUCCUCCAUGGGCGCCUUUCAAACCGACCACCAAUACAAGGCCGUGACAAAGGUCAAUCGCCGUGUAAUGCACAUGACCGGUUUCGAAGUGUUCGCAGAUGGAUCUUCUGAUGAAUUGCUGGUUCUCAACUACGCCACUGCCGCACAGUACUGACUACUUUGG